UCCAUCAUUAAAUUAACAUCAAGUGAGUUAUUCCUGGAGACCAACAGACCGCUAGCCGCGGGGAGCACAGGAAAAAUGUCACCUGCGAAGGUAUAAUUAAGAGCUCGAGCCUCUGACCACGCCAAGUGCUCGACCUUCGCCGAACGGCGCGUCUGCCGUUCUCCCGGGAGCACGCAGGGGGGCAAACGCCCUGUUUGGAGUAUUUGUUAGGGCAGUGAGGCAAACUGGCGCGCGUGAGAGGGGGGGGGUCCGACAGUGUGAUGCGCAGAUAGGGGCGGUAGUCUCCCAUGCAGACAUAACCUGACAUCACAUCGCGCGCACACCCGCUUAUAUAGACCCUGCGUGACGCUACCCUCUCACUUAUCUAUCGUAAGCUCGAGCUGUCCGUGUGCACUCUUUGCCAUCUAGUUACGGAGUGCGUGCCGCACAAGAGCAGUGACUGAGGGCGUCAACGGAAGAAAAAUUAAGAGCAGAAAGGGGUUUGAGGGUCACUCGUUUGUCGAAGAACCUUGGAAACUGAAGACUUGCUGUCAUUGUUGCCGCUCAUCUUACCUUGACUUUUUUUUUAUCGCCUUUGAUAUUCGCCUCGAUCAAUCGGGAACCCCUCUAAACCCCUCUAUCUGCCGGACAGAAAUGCGAGAGGAGAGCGUACAAGAGCCGGAGAGAGUGCAGGAGAUAAUGCAUCAGGCUGCUCCAGACACCGGAGCUUAUCCCCCCUUCCCCUUGCUAGAUUGUGUGGAAUGAAGGUUUCAAGUUGGUAAAGCAUAGCGCAGAAUUAGAGAUCAUGUCGGUGCCUUUGCUGAAGAUCGGAGUGGUGCUCAGCACUAUGGCAAUGAUCACCAACUGGAUGUCCCAGACGCUGCCCUCACUAGUGGGGCUCAAUACCACCAAGCUCACCGCUGCGCAGGGAGGCUACCCGGACAGGAGUACUGGAGUGUUGCCAGCAAACCCGGAGGAGUCCUGGCAGGUAUACAGCUCGGCUCAGGACAGUGAGGGCAGGUGUGUGUGUACGGUGGUGGCUCCUCAGCAGACCAUGUGCUCCCGAGACGCUCGCACCAAGCAGCUUCGCCAGCUCCUGGAGAAGGUCCAGAACAUGACGCAGUCCAUCCAGGUCCUGGACCAGCGGACGCAGAGGGACCUGCAGUAUGUGGUGAAGAUGGAGGACCAGCUCCGAGGCCUAGAGACCAAGUUCAGACAAGUGGAGGAGAACCACAAGCAGAACAUCGCCAAGCAAUACAAGGCCAUAAAGGCGAAAAUGGCGGAGCUUAGGCCUCUGAUACCGGUGUUGGAGGAGUACAAGGCGGAUGCCAAAUUGGUUUUGCAGUUUAAGGAGGAGGUGCAGAACCUGACGGCAGUUCUGAACGAGCUGCAGCAGGAGCUGGGUGCCUAUGACUACGACGAGCUGCACACCCGAGUCAAUAACCUAGAGGAGAGGCUGCGAGCCUGCAUGCAGAAAUUAGCGUGUGGUAAGCUGACGGGUAUUAGCGAUCCCAUCACCAUUAAGACCUCCGGCUCUCGUUUCGGCUCCUGGAUGACCGACCCACUGGCUCCUGAGGGAGACACCAGAGUGUGGUACAUGGACGGCUACCACAACAACCGCUUUGUGCGUGAGUAUCGCUCCAUGGCGGACUUCAUGAUGACGGACAACUUCACGUCGCACCGGCUGCCCCAUCCGUGGUCAGGCACGGGCCAGGUGGUCUACAACGGCUCCAUCUACUUCAACAAGUUCCAGAGCCACGUCAUCAUCAAGUUUGACUUCCGCACGUCCAGCAUUAGCAAGUCGCAGCGGCUGGACAACGCCGGCUUCAGCAACUCCUACCACUACGCUUGGGGCGGCCACUCCGACAUCGACCUGAUGGUGGACGAGGGCGGCCUGUGGGCCGUCUACGCCACCAACCAAAACGCCGGCAACAUCGUCAUCAGCAAGCUCAACCCCAUGACGCUGCAGAUCAUGCGCACGUGGAGCACCAACCACCCCAAGCGCAGCGCCGGCGAAGCCUUCAUGAUCUGUGGCACGCUCUAUGUCACCAACGGCUACUCGGGUGGCACCAAGGUCUACUACGCCUUCCACACCAACUCGUCCACCUACGAGUACAUCGACAUCGCCUUCCAGAACAAGUACUCGCAUAUCUCCAUGUUGGACUAUAACCCACGCGACCGCGCCCUCUACGCCUGGAACAAUGGGCACCAGGUGCUCUACAACGUCACGCUCUUCCACGUCAUUCGCUCCGAGGAGCUGUAACCGUGGUAAUCGGGGAUGAGCAGACACACAGUCGACAGACUUUACUGGAGGAGCGACUACACUCCUCUGGAGGGGAGGAAUGAGUACUUGGAGAAAAGUUGUGGAAUGUCAUGAACAGACUCUGAAGGAGUAUCGGGUAAUAUGUGUGUGUGUAUGUCAACGCGUGUGUGUGUGUGUGUGUGUGUGUGUGUGUGUGUGUGUGUGUGUGUGUGUGUGUGGCAUUCAGCAUUCGUGGGACGCAUGAUACAUAACUGUGGAUUAUCGUGGUAUUGACACCGUUUUCGCUGAUGACACGGGACAAAGUGAUAAAUAGACGGUUUUGCAAACCAAAAAAAAAAGAUAGAACAUUAUAUCAUGUAUGUAAAGAGAACUAUGAAACAUCAUUUGA